AUGAUAUUAUUCUUUGCAAUAGCAAUAUUGUCCUUGUAUGUAGAUGCUGAUACAACCUUUGCUAAAUGUUCUGUAGGAAAUCAGCCUUUCAUUAAGCACAAGCGAUAUCAUUCAGAAGAUUUGGUCAUUGCGGGCAUUUCUUAUCAAAUUUACAUGGUAUCUGAUGAAAUAACAUUCAGAAGAAAUACAUCAGAUGAACUGUUUGGUGAUUUAAUCUAUUACCUGCCAAAAUGGAUUUAUCUGGCUUCCAUGGAGCUUAUCUCUACAAAGGGAAAAUUCAUCCCCAACUACAAAUGUGACCUCAAGGACAAUGUAAUAUCUGUGAUUGCAGGACAUAAUGCUUUCAUUGCUCAGUUCAUGUCAAACAUUCUGAGCAAAUAUAAGAUCCCACAGCUCAUAUAUGGUUCAACUGCAGAGAUAGAUGACAACAUAGAAGCUGCUUUCUUCCGUCAAUUAUUUCCAAAUGAAGACCUUCAAAUUAUGGGGCUGGUCCAAUUGUUGCUUCACUUCCAGUGGAAAUGGAUUGGGCUCAUUGUCCCAAACCCUGAACAUGGGAAGAGGUUCAUACAGAAUAGGCUUGAUAUAUUUUCUAAGAAUGGCAUUUGUUUUGAUUUCAUAGUAGAAUUGUCAAAGGACUCUGUUACCAAUGAUAUUGACAUUCAACUGAAUGGUUAUGUUUUGCUGUAUAAGGCUAUUAUGAGAAGUACUACCAACGUUGUAAUCACAUAUGGUGAAAAUCAGAACAUGGCUAUUCUUAGAAUGUUGCCAUUUAUUUCAGAAUAUGAAGACAUGCAAAUGAAGAGAAAAGAUAAAGUUUGGGUCAUGCCAGCACAGAUGGAAUUCACAUCAGUCCGCUUUCUAAGAUAUAGGGCCAUGGAUUUCAUCCAUGGUGCACUAUCGUUGGCAGUUUCCUCAAAGGAAAUAUUAGGGUUUAAGAAAUUUAUUCAGACGAGAAAGCCUUCUUCUUCAGAAGAGGACACUUUGACAAGAGUGUUUUGGGAAAAUGCAUUUGAAUGUUCUUUCCCAAAUGCUGGGUUAGAUGAGGACAGUGACAAUCAGUGCACUGGUGCGGAGUCACUGGAGACCCUUCCUAAAUCUGUGAUUGAAUGUAGUAUUACUGGGCAUAGUUAUAGCAUUUACAAUGCUGUCUAUGCAGUGGCCCAUGCUUUGCAAGCCAUGCUUUCAUCUAAGAGCAGAAAAAGGAGAAAUGCUUGGGAACUCAGUCAACAGUCGUGGCAGUUUCAUUGGUAUCUGAAAGCUGUUUCAUUUAACAACAGUGCUGGAGAAAUGGUUUCCUUUGACGAAAGAGGAGAGCUACCAACUGGAUUUGAUGUUAUCAACUGGGUCACCUUCCCCAACCAAUCAUUUCAUCGAAUCAAAAUUGGAAACAUAGCUCCAGUGACUGCCCCUGAAAAUCUUCUUACUAUUUUUGCAGAGGAGAUUGUCUGGCCCACCAUGUUUAAUCAGGUACAACCCUUUUCUAUGUGCAAUCCUCCAUGCUCAUCAGGUUACAGCAAAAUAAAAAUAGAAGGAAAGCCCUUUUGCUGUUAUGAUUGCCUUAAAUGUCCAGAAGGAAAAAUUUCAAACAAAACAGAUGCAGAUGACUGUUUCCCAUGUUCAGAAGAUCAGUACCCAAACAAAGCUCACAACCUUUGCAUUCCAAAACACAUCACAUUUUUGUCUCAUGAAGAGCCUCUGGGAAUUAGCCUGACAGCUAUUGCUUCCAUCUUUUCUUUCAUCUCAGUUAUGGUCCUGGGAAUCUUCAUUAAGCAUCAGGACACCCCCAUUGUCAAAGCCAACAACCGGAACCUCACCUACAUUCUUCUCAUUGCUCUCCUCCUCUCCUUCCUCUGCACUUUGCUCUUCAUUGGGCAACCAGAUCAAGUAAAAUGUCUCAUGCGACAAACUUCUUUUGGCAUCAUCUUCUCUGUAGCUCUUUCUUGUAUAUUGGGGAAAACAAUCAUAGUGGUCCUUGCUUUCAUGGCCACCAAGCCCGGAUCCAAAAUGAGGAAAUGGGUGGGGAAAAGGCUGGCCAACGCUAUAGUUCUUUCAUGCUCUUUGACACAAUUCUCCAUUUGUGCAGUGUGGUUGGCAAUUUCCCCCCCAUUCCCAGAUUCUGACAUGCACUCCAUGGCUGAAGAAAUUGUCCUAGAAUGUAAAGAAGGUUCAACCACUAUGUUUUAUACUGUUCUUGGUUUUUUGGGAUUCUUGACUGCUGUCAGCUUCUCAGUAGCCUUCCUUGCUAGGAAGUUACCUGACAGCUUUAAUGAAGCCCAAUUUAUCACCUUCAGCAUGUUGGUCUUUUGUAGUGUCUGGAUAUCCUUUGUUCCCACCUACCUGAGCACCAAGGGAAAAUACAUGGUAGCUGUGGAGAUCUUUUCCAUUUUGGCUUCUGCAGCUGGAUUACUGGGUUGCAUCUUUUCCCCCAAAUGUUACAUUAUUAUUCUGAGGCCUGAUUUGAACAGAAAGGAACAGCUGACAAAAAAAUGAAACCAAUUUAUUGGGUCCUAUAUAAGUUACCUCAUUUGCCUUA